AUGUAUUGCAAACAUUGUGGAAAAGAGUUCAAAGAGAAGCCUAACUUCUGCAGUGAAUGUGGGAAAAGGCUGCAGGAAGACGGUGGCGACGCUCACGCGCAACCUUCAAAAUCACAGACUAUUCAAACCCCUACUCUAGGGACCUUUCUAGAGUACCGAAAGAGAAAAGCGGAAGAGAGGCAAAACUUUUCAUGUGGGAAAAUGAAAUCAAAGAAAAUAUGUAAAGUCCAGAUAAAUAUUGGUUUGAUGACCACUGGGAAGGGUGGUGUCCUCAAGCCAAAGCGUGGGAAAACUAUUUCCCUUUCUACACAUCCUGACAUCACUGCCCUAGAUCUGCUUAAUGAGGCAGUGAGGAAAAUGAGGGACUUCAACAAAGACCUGGAUGGAGGACCUUUCCUCCUUCUUUAUCCAGAUGGCUCUGAAGUUAUUAAUAUCCCUGGGACACAAAGACCAUUUACUCUAAAAGCAUACAAGGAAGAAAUUGGCAAGUCAUAUCAGCGGGUCAUCAUUUUUAUCUGCCAGAAAAAAGACUUUGAGAAAGUUGGAGAAUAUCCAGACACAUCUGACUCCGACCCUGAGAUUGUGAUAAAAACAACAUCAAGAGAUUUUGAUCUAGCUGAUACACUGCCAUUUGAACCUCACCACAAAAGCAGUCCUAAAAAUCUGAGUGAACCCACAACUGUGCAGGCCUCUGAAAUAAUUGCAAAUUUGGCACUUGCAAUUGACCACAAGAAAGUCAGCAGGUUCAAUAUAUCCAGAUCUGAUGUAUGGGAUGGAGCUGUAAGAGGCUUUCGACGCAGCUCAUACUCCGAAAAAAGUGAGAUCUUUGUGAAGUUCACAGAUGAUGCAGGGUCUUUAGAAGAAGGGUUGGACACAGGUGGGCCGAGGCGAGAAUUCCUCACACUUCUAAUGGAUCACCUGAGAAAUCGUCCCAUCUUCGAUGGACCUCAAGAAAGACGCUAUCUUGUGUACAAUCCCACAGCUGUCAGGGAAGAUGAGUAUUAUCUUGCAGGCAAAAUGAUUGCUGUGUCCGUCAUACACGGGGGACCAGCACCACAUUUCCUCUCAAAGGACCUUGUCAACCACAUAAUAGGGAAGCCAAGUUUCAGCGCCACUGUGGAAGAUGUAAAAGAUGAGGAUAUAGGGAGAGCUCUACAUCAGGUCCAGGAAGCCGAUUCGGAGGAGUCUUUGCAAAAUAUAAUUUUGCAAAACAGCACAAUGUUCCAAACAGCUGGAUGCUUCCGACCUGUCAAAGCUUGUGAGAAGCAUACACUUGUGGAGGAGUACCUCAAAUGGUACAUUAUAGACCGCAACCACAUUGCCAUUCAACGAUUCAAAGACGGACUGGCUAGUCUGGAGUUUUUGGCUUCAGUCCAGAAGCAUCCUGGUGUGCUGGCACCUCUCCUGUGCUAUUCUGCCGAGGACCUGACUGCUGCAGAAAUAGAACGUCUGUUCCUCCCAGACUUCAGCACAAAGGGAAGCAACAGGUGGCAGAGAGAGACCAAAGUUAUCGGAUUUUGGGCUGAUUUUCUACUGGAAUGUGAAGGUAUUGGCACCGACCCCCGAGGGUGUGUUUCACACCUGGGGCAUCCUGCAGGGUUUUGUGUCUAG